AGCGGCGCCGGACAGUGCCCGAAACGGCUGCCGCCUCCCGAGAGGAACAACGCCCGCCGCCCCGAGCGGGAGUCUCCUCAGCAAGCUGAGAUGCCCAGACAGUUUCCAAAGCUGAACAUCUCUGAGGUUGAUGAGCAUGUGCGACUUUUAGCAGAGAAGGUAUUUGCUAAAGUUCUACGAGAAGAAGACAGCAAAGAUGCCUUGUCACUAUUCACUGUGCCUGAAGACUGCCCUAUUGGGCAGAAAGAGGCCAAGGAAAGGGAGCUGCAGAAGGAACUGGCAGAACAACAGUCUGUGGAAACAGCUAAAAGGAAGAAAAGUUUCAAGAUGAUUCGAUCCCAGUCUUUGUCAUUACAAAUUCCGUCUCAGGAAUGGAAAGCACCAUCAGCCAAUCCUGUUCCGUCUCCUGCAACGCCAGUUCUUCCAAGUGCUUUUCUGCCAGUCCAAGUGCCAUAUGAUGUACCAGAGUUUCAGAGAGUUUCAAUUAGUGGAGACUACUGUGCAGGGGUUACAGUUGAUGAUUAUGAACAAGCUGCCAAGAGCCUGGUGAAAGCUCUUCUCAUUCGAGAAAAGUAUUCACGUCUUGCCUACCAUCGCUUCCCAAGAACAACGUCUCAGUAUCUGUGUAGCAUGCAAGAUGAAAAAUGGAAGGUUGAAGAUGAAGUGUAUCCAGAUUUCCAUUCACCCCCAGAAGAAAAUGAAGAUCCUUACAAUCUUGAUGAUGCUCCAGACAAUUUGGAUUAUGUCAUCAAGAUGAAAGGUGGCAUUCCCUUUGUUUAUGAUAACAAAGAAAUGAUGGAACUCAAUGAGCCUCGGAGUCUGCCGUAUCCUGACCUGGAGACCUAUACUCUUGACCUGAGCCAUGUUCUUGCUCUAAUUGCAGAUGGUCCAACAAAAACAUAUUGUCAUCGGAGGCUUAACUUUUUAGAAUCUAAAUUUAGUUUACAUGAGAUGUUAAAUGAAAUGUCGGAAUUUAAAGAACUAAAGAGUAAUCCUCAUCGAGACUUUUAUAAUGUGAGAAAGGUUGAUACUCAUAUCCAUGCUGCUGCUUGCAUGAACCAGAAACACUUAUUGAGGUUUAUUAAACACACAUAUCAAACGGAGCCCGACAGGAUUGUUGCAGAGAAAAAAGGCAAGAAGAUGACUUUAAAGCAAGUCUUUGAAAGCCUUCACAUGGACCCUUAUGAUCUCACUGUAGAUUCUUUAGAUGUCCACGCAGGUCGUCAAACAUUUCAUCGAUUUGACAAAUUCAAUUCCAAGUACAAUCCAGUUGGUGCCAGUGAGCUGAGGGACUUGUAUUUGAAAACUGAGAACUACAUUGGUGGUGAAUAUUUUGCUCGUAUGGUCAAGGAAGUAGCCCGGGAACUAGAAGAAAGUAAGUACCAGUAUACAGAACCCCGCUUAUCCAUUUAUGGACGGUCUCCAGAUGAAUGGCUGAACUUGGCAAAAUGGUUCAUUAAGCAUAAAGUUUAUUCCCCUAAUAUGCGCUGGAUAAUUCAGGUUCCCAGAAUCUAUGACAUAUUUAGGUCAAAAAAUAUUCUGCCUAGCUUUGGGAAGAUGUUGGAGAACAUCUUUGUACCUUUGUUUGAAGCAACAAUCAAUCCCAAAGACCACAAAGAAUUGCACCUUUUCCUUAAAUACGUGACUGGGUUUGACAGCGUUGAUGAUGAAUCCAAACAUAGUGGCCAUAUGUUCUCUGACAAGAGCCUUAACCCUGACCUUUGGACCAGUGAGAAGAAUCCCCCGUAUAGCUAUUAUUUGUAUUAUAUGUAUGUGAACGUCAUGUUGCUAAACAACCUUAGGAGGGAAAGAGGCAUGUGUACUUUUCUGUUUCGACCUCACUGUGGAGAAGCUGGGUCUAUCACACACCUUGUAUCAGCCUUUCUGACAGCAGACAACAUUUCUCAUGGAUUGCUCUUGAAGAAGAGUCCUGUCCUCCAGUAUCUUUAUUAUCUUGCACAAAUACCCAUUGCUAUGUCUCCACUUAGUAACAACAGCCUAUUCCUGGAGUACUCAAAAAAUCCACUACGGGAAUUUCUACAUAAGGGACUUCAUGUCUCUCUCUCCACAGAUGAUCCUAUGCAGUUUCAUUAUACAAAGGAAGCUCUCAUGGAAGAAUAUGCUAUUGCAGCCCAGGUGUGGAAACUAAGUACCUGUGACUUGUGUGAAAUAGCAAGAAACAGCGUACUACAGAGUGGAUUGUCAGAUAAGGAAAAACAGAAAUUCUUAGGGGUGAAUUACUGUAAAGAAGGGCCUGAGGGAAAUGACAUUCGAAAGACAAAUGUUGCCCAGAUCCGGAUGGCCUUCAGGUAUGAGACACUGUGCAAUGAACUUAGUUUCCUGUCUGAUGCUAUGAGAACAGAAGAGAUUUCUACUCUGUCAAAGUAGUUACAAGCUCCAAGAAACCAGAACAUUUCACUCCUAAACAGGGUAAGAUGCUAAUUAACAUUGAAUCAUCUGUCUUUGAUGCUACCAAGACAUAACUGAACAGUACACAGAAAAAUAGAGUAUCUAUGGAAGGUAAACAGCAUUUGCUGUUAUCUUUUACUGCAUUAUUCUCAUUGCAAAAAUUUCAGUUUCUACAAACAUGAGGCUUUGUAAGAUUGCUGUAAAUAUUAAAUGCAAACUCAGAAUCAUGUAAUAUUUGUUUCAUACUGUCGUAACUGUGCACUGUAUUGUAGCUUGGAAAACAACACAGAAUAGUCACAGGACAUCUGUGAUAAUGUACCUUAGGAUUCUGCAGAUGCGGAUAGUAUACAUGCACCUGUUUUUGUCCUGCUAGUCUCAGUAGCAAUCAUGACAUUUAGCACUUUUAAGUUUAACCCUUUAUUUGCUAGCAUUUUGUAUGGGGUGCAUAAUUUUGAGGCUACCCUUUCAUUCUGGAAAGUGUUCUGACAGUUUUUAUCAGCAGUUAUACUAGCAAACAAGAAAAAACAAAGUCUGGUAGUCUUGUUUAAUGAGUAAUUAAUUACUUCCUGUUGUCAUGUAGGAUGUCUGGGAAGAACAGCAGAUUAAUGCUUUUUAAUCUAGUAAGUAGAAAACAUGGUGUCAAAAUCAUCACUAUUGUACAUUGUAAUAACGAGUCUAAUUAUAUCAUGAAAACUUUGCCUUGAAAGUUAAGAACACUUUUUUUAUUGCUUCGUAAUGGGAAUAUGUGGAUAUACCAGUUCAAAUUACUUGGAAAUUUAUGCAGAUAAUUUUGGUUGCAUGUGAAGAGAAAUUUUUUACUUGAACAAAGGAAGUGUUCUUAUGAAUCAGUGGUAGAAACUCCAGACCUAGGUUCUGGUCCUACUUCUGACAUCUUUUUACACAUUUGUGUUAGUUUGUAUUUUAGUCAAUCAGAGUUGAAUGAGAAGUCAAACUGUCUAUUUAUACAGAAGCUUGCCUGCUUGAAAUAUGUCAUUACAAAUCAUGUUAUGUUAAACUUUUUAUUUAUGAUGGAGUGGCUAGUAACAUACAGCUACUGGAAUAUUUAUCACUUUCAAUCUUUUUUCUAUUUGAUCAUCCUUUGUAAGACACAGUACUAUUCAUUCAGAAAGGAUUAAAGGUAACAUGAUAGCAUCUAUGUAUUGUAGAAGCUGCAUGUAGUUUCACACCAAAAAAUACUCAGGCUAGGGCCAGCAGAGGAUGUUGAUGCCUGCAAGUCCAACAUUACACUACUUAAUUUGAAGGCCUAUAGUCCCUAAACUAGGAUCUUGAGCCUACAGUUAGAGACCUGGGUAUCUAAUAUAAUAAAUACAUUGGGAGGUUAGGCAUGAGAACAUUAAUUCAGAAUUAAUGGAUAAAAAGCAAAUAAUGAAUACUAGCCAAUCAAGCCUCACUAGACCUAGAACCCUGCAUGUUUUACUACAUCAGCUGUCUUGUGUAACUUGUAUUUCUUAGGCCAGGCUCUUCUCCUGCGGCUUGGGCACCUACAUCCUUCCUUUCAAGAGCUGAUCAGGUCUCACUUUCCCUUGUAAAUGCAGCCAGAAGUAGCAGUGGUGACAUCACCAGUACCAAACAAGUCAUUAAUGGCCUAAAUGUAUAUAUGCACUGAAGACAUACGCUCUCUCCUUAGGCUGUGGCAGUUCAAAGCAAUACCUACAGGGACACUUUUUUAAUGUGCCUGCUGUCCUGAAUGGUGAUUGCAGGGAAAUGGCACCAACGGAAGGGAGGGAGGAAUUCCCUAUCACCUCCUAUAGCUGUGCAGCCCUGUAAGAGCUGCGUAAGAGAGAUUAAACCUAAAGACCUUUAGGAAGCAGCCUGGAAGUAAGGCUGCUCCGAGGGAGAUCAAGACACAGGAGCAGAGUUCUGGCCAUCCAGUCACCAUUACAGUUAGCCAGUGUUAUGCACAGGAAGCUGCAAUAAUUGCAGACGUUUUUCGUCCAAAAUAUGGUUGCAGACAGGUGGUGGGAGACUUGACUUCAGCGCUUCAGUAACCUAGCCUAAGGUCUCCAGUGUUCAACUAGUGCCAGAUUUUGUAUUCUUUGUGCAGCUAAAAAUCAUGUGAAAUCGUGCUACGCUGCUCAACUGUAUGAUAAUAUAAUUGUCCAAAGUUCUUGGUCAACAGUGCCUAUUGGCCUCACUGUUAGAAACUUCAGCAGCUUAUAUAAUGCAUUAUCAGGAUUGGCAAGUGUAAUUUUCUUAGGUUAAAGUCUGAAAACAGUGGUUCAAGCAUUUUAGCUGCAUAAAAUCCAGACGUUUUCAUUCGUACCGCUUACUAAUAAGUUGUUAUCAACAUAACAUUAUUUACCGGAGAAAAGCAUCUGCGUCCAGGCUAAAUAAGCAACACAUCUGGUUUUAAGAAUUUAAAUUGUAAGUAUUUUCAUCUGAUAAACAUUGCUUUACUUGCGUUGUUUCACCUGAAGAUUGCUAUUAGUGCUGCCUUUGUUGUCACUUAAGAUUUCUUAUUUAGUUUUCUUAAUAUUCUACCAAAUCUGUGUAUGUUUGUUUAAUACCUUUUCAGCUUUCCUUACCUCAAACACAUGAGGUUCUAAUACAGCUGUAGCUCAUUAAAGAAAAAAACAAAACUGGAUUUGACUAUUCAGUUAAUGGACAGUAAUUGGGAUUUUGACAAUAACAACAAUUAACACACAAGUGGUCAUGACCACAAGUUCUGCUUUCUGUGCUUCUUUAUGUGCUGCUUUUAAGGAUAAAUUGAGCUAAUAGUGUCAUAUUUUGGGAAACAAACCGACAUCCUUUCAAGCUUCCACUACCACAUCUUUUGGUCAUCUUUUAAUUAGGCAAAAGUUAUUGAUUCUCAAGCUCAGUUCUUAAAUUUCAGCUUCUUUUCUUUUUUAAAGUUGCACUUUUGUUCUGAUGUAUGGCUGUUCAAAAUAACGUUGCAGUCUUAGGAUAUGUAUGUAAUGAAGGGCAAUCCAGUGUUGAAGUGUUACUGACAUCUGAAUUACUGUUGUACAUGUUUACUCAAAUGCAAGACAGAGCAGUUGCUGAUUCCCGCCCCCUUACCAGUGAUGAGAUCAAACCUGGUUACACCACAGCUUAUGUUUUACUCAAACAGAAGGGGACUAGAACAACGUCACUGUAGGUAGUGACUGGGACGGG